AUGGGGCUGAUGAUGGGAGAUUUUAAUGGCAGAAUUGGAAGCGACAGAGUGGGAACUGAAAAGGUAAUGGGUCCCUUCGGUGAAGAACAUAGGAAUCCUGAGGGAGAAAGACUAAUUGACUUCUGUAUUAUGAACAAUUUAAAGAUUAUGAACGGUUUCUUCCAACACCAAAGUUCACAUAGGUAUACAAGAUAUAGAUGGAAUCAAAACUCCGCUAAGUUUGACCAGAUGUCAAUCAUUGAUUAUUUUAUUUGCUCAGACAAGCGAGAAAUAUUAAAUGUUAAAGCGUUUCCGGGAGAAACACUAGACUCUGAUCACAGAUUGUUGGUUGCGGACAUAGCUGUAAAAGGACUAAAUAAACAAAGAAAAAACAAAAGGAAAGUCAUUAAUAUAAAUUCACUUGAAAAUCAAGAAGUCAGAAACAUGUACACAUCUAAACUUAAGCAAAAUCUACAGGAAACUGAAGUGGGAAAUCAGGAAAACUGGCAAACUCUAGCAAAAUGUAUUAAAGAAUCAGCAGUAAACACACUAGGAAUAAAGUGGAUAGGAGGCACUAAAAAGAGGCAUACACCAUGGUGGUCAGAGGAGGUAAGCGAAGCAGUGAAAGACAAGACAAAAAAAUUAAGAAUAUGGCUAAAAAAUGGAACUCAAGAAACCAGAAAAGAAUACAUUUUAGCUAGGAGAGAAGUAGACAAAAGGAAAAAGAUAGCAAAAACUCAAACAUGGAAACAACUAGGAGACCAAUUAAAAGAGGACCUAAGAAGCAAUAACAAAAAACGGCUAUACGGCCUUGCCAAAUCUUACAGGAAAGAUAAAACAAAAAUUCAAAACAUAAAAGAUGAAAGUGGUGCAGUAUUGGUCACAGCAGAAAGUAUCAAUAAUCGGUGGACAGAAUAUUUCAAUAAGCUACUAAAUGUAAAAACAGAAGAGAUAACAACAGUGGAAACUUGCAGGGAAGAAAUAACUAAUGAGGAUGUGGAGGUAGAAGAAGAUUUAAUUACAUCACAAGAAUUAGAAGCAGCUAUUAAGAAAAUGAAAAAUGGAAAAUCGCCAGGGGAAGAUGAAAUCACUAUAGAACUAAUUAAAUAUGGAGGUGAGGAAAUUCUUAGUCAUGUUUUAGGAUUAAUAAACCACUGCUGGCGCAAAGGUGAAAUACCCGAAGAAUGGG